AAUGAAAUAGAUUGCAUUCGAGCAAAUAAUAAUUUGCUCAAGAACUUAUAUAUCUUGCGAAAGAAGAAAUAAGUCGUGAAUUACGAAGAACUUGUUAAUGGAAUACACGUUGUGCAGCAUAAUAAAUUACCGAUAAUAAGAACAAACAUAUGUAUAUAUAUAUUUAGAUAUACGCACGUAAAAACGUAUUAUGUUUAUAUAUAUAUAUAUGCAUACGUACAUAAAUAUAUAUGUACACAUAUAGCGUAAUUAAAUACAACGUACAUCUGCAUAUUGCUUGUAUUAUGUAUUUAUUUGCAUAUAAAUUGACAAUACAUGUGUGGAUGGAUGUUCAGCGAUCGCUAGAAAAUGUCCAAAUGAAUAAAAAUUAAGAUUUGUGCAUAUCCUUCGCGUAACGCGGAAUUUCAAAUCGAUAAGCAAAUUUAAAAUUUUUGCAACGAUAUCGAGAAUUGCUGCCUGAUUCUCUAGUUGUAAAACAAGUGUUUUAUUUUUUUCGCGUGUAUGUCAUAUAGCAUCUCCUGCUCAAUGAAGUGAAUAAUAAUAAAACAGCAAAAGUUCUUUUUACGCAAGCUGCUUUCUAAACGUCUCAAUUGACUUAGUUUCCACAACUUUAUGGGAAUUGAUGCCAUGAUACGUCACACCGUCUAAGGAAGCUAAAGGUGCAGAUGGCCACUCUAAAAAAGAUAUCAUGGGAGGUGAUUAUAGCAAUGGAUCGGGCUCACCUCGCAACUUAAGUCUUAAUUUAACUUCUCAAUAUUUGGGUAGAAGCCCAAUUCGCGGGCAAACACUACCGACGAAUGUGAAAUCCACAGCAAGCGCGUCCUCUGAUGCGGAUGCAAAGGCCGUGCGGCGUAAAACUAUUUCUUCGGCUUGCGCUAAACCUCAAAGUGACUCUAUUAAUAAAAACAACAGUAAUAUAAAAAAUAUCAACAACCGUAAUUGUAAGAUUUUAGGCGGCGUUGAUCCUUACGAUUAUAUUCACAGCAUUAAUGACAACGUGAACGUUAGCAAAAUGGACGGCCAUGAAUCUUGUUUUUACAGCGCUGCCAGUAUUGAUGAAAUGAUAAAUAUUAGGGCUCCUUACGGAGAUAGUGGCCAAGUAUUACAUUCACAUAUUCAUAAUGCCUGUCAAACAGCGACAAAGAAACCAAAACUUAGUAAAUUGGGAACAAAAACGGUGGGUUUGAAAAGAUCAGAACGUUCAGUAGUGCGUGUAUCAAUUUAUCAGAGCAGUCAGCCGCAACAUAUUUACACUCCCGAAUAUUUUACGAAAUACGAAAAUACUUUAGAUAAACCGUUAAGUAAUUAUAACUGUAAUUUUGAGGACAUUAUGACAACGCCCUUACCUAGCUACGAUCGGCAGCAAAGCACCGAUUCUGGUUGGGAUAAUCCUUUUCGACCUGGUGGCGAUUUAUCUCGGGAGGCUGAUGAGAUUGUUAAAAUGAUUAGUGGUGGAAAACCUAUAACCCCUACAGAGGAUCAUGCGAUAGGCAACGGAAAGACACAAAAAAAUGACACUAGCAAUGGUAAAAUGGGCUUAGAAGAAGCUACCAAAACGAAUGUAUCGCAAAAUCAAUCCGCACAAAAUGGUACUAUGUAUAGGACGCAAACAGUUACUUUGGGCGGAGUUGUGAAAUCAACAGAUAAUAAUGGUAUGACCUCUUUAGCUCAAGUCUCAAAUCAAUUGGUACCUGGACCAACAUCUGCUAGUCAUGUGAUCAUAGACGAAAAAAAAAGCAAAAAGAAGGGCUGCUGCGUUAUUCAAUGAAUUUUCCAUUGAUUAGAUGACUGGAAUAAAGGCGUUAAAGUAACGUUAUAAUCUUCACUCACACUCAUAGAAACAGACGCUGGCUCAUGAACCAUCACUUACCCAGAUGGCUACAUAAGAACACGAAACUUCAUACCAAUUUAUAAAUAUAAGAAAAAAAAAUUAACAACUAAAAACAAACCAUUUGUUUCCACGGAUAGUGUUCUUGACUUUACUUGUUUACACACAUACGUAGAUACCUAAAUAACAUUAAUAUCUUUAUUUUUUACAUAUUUUUCUUUACUAAUUAUUACGAUUAUAUAUAGAUAUAUGUGUAUAUAUACUAUUUACUUAAUUUUAUUUGGUAUGGAAGCAACAUUUUUUCUGACAACUUUAGAAUAGCGAACAAAAAUAAAUUAUUAAACGUGUAUUAAACAUACGUUGUUCGAAAUUGAAGCACUUACAUUAUCAUGGUUAGAAUUGAUUAUAUAUAGGCAAACUUGUACACUUAAUAUAUAUUUACGUUUCAUAUACUUGAAUUUAAUACCACGUAGUUAUUCGUUUUUGCGCACGCUAAUCAUUAAAAACGAAAAUGUAUCGUUUGCUCGAAACUUCAAAGAAAUAUUAUCGAAUCUAUUAACAUCAACUGCGGUAACAGCAGCAACGAAUCACAUUCAAAAACAUGCACUUCAAGUAAACCAAAAAGAACACAUACUAUAUAUAAGUUGUAUAUUUCAUAUUUUAUGUUAAGUUAUGUAUAGAAAACGGAAAAAGAAGCAAAAGAAAA